CAUACGCACUCCCUUCCUCCAGUGAAACUUUCGUCAUCCUUGAUAUAUUCUAUGGUGAACUCGAAGUCUGGAAAAACGCAACCUCGCGCUCUUAAAUCGGGAUUAGCAGUUAUAUCCGAAAAACAGUCUGCCUGUGAUAUCAGACCAUGGAGUUAAAGUCCCCUGGGUGCUAGAUAUUGAAUAAUAUCUACUCCCUCAACCACUAUUCUCAACUCAUCCCAUCCCCUCUUUCAAAAAAUGUCCAAAACUAUCCUCGUCGUUGGUGCCACUGGCAUUCAAGGCUCUUCCGUUGCCUCUACAUUUCUUCAAACCCCCAACUGGAUCGUCCGAGGCCUCGUCCGGGAUCCCACUAGUCCUAACGCCAUUGAAUUGGCUACGAAGGGCGUCGAGCUCGUCAAAGGGGACCUGGCGGACCCCGCCUCCCUCGCUGCUGCCGUGAAGGGCGUCAACGUCAUCUUCGCAAACACGCGCUUCAAUCCUGCUCAGGCAUUUGAAAGCGCAGAGUUCAAGGCCCUCGCAAAGCCAGGGCAAUCGCCACUCGAAUUCCACUUCGAGGAGGAGGUUGCGAAGGGCCGUAACAUUGCGGAUGCGGCAGCCGCGGUGGAAGGGCUGGAGAGGUUCGUGUGGAGCUCAGCGAGCGAGCCUGGUAAGUGGAGUAAAGGAAAGUAUGAUGAUCUGUUGAGCUUUGAGACGAAGGGCGCGGUGUGGAAAUACAUCCAGGAUACGUAUCCGGAGUUAGCGAGGAAGACGAGCGUCCUGUAUCUCGGCUCGUAUGCAACAAACUGGCAGUGGGGACCAGCGUCGUAUAAUUGGAUUAAGAAAGAUGAUGGAUCAGUGGCCCUCCGCCUUCCGGGCAAUGGGCCUCAUCCCAUUCCCUUUGUCGUCCCGUCCGAUACGGGGAACUAUGUUCUAGCGCUGAUCAAGGUGCCACCGGGCAAGAAGUUAGUCGCGUGCAGCGAUAGUCUGACAUGGGCUGAGUACACGAAGCUGUGGUCGCGCGUUGUCGGCGUGAAUGCUGUCUACGAGCCCUGCUCUGUUGAGGAGCAUGUCGGCGCCGUUCCUGGGGGUUACACCGAGAUGAUUGGUAAAAUUUAUGAAUACGCCACUCAGUUUGGGUACUGGGGAGACGGAGACCCGGAUGUGGUGUUUCCAGAAGAUCUGGGAGUUGAGAUCAAACGAACUUCGAUGGAGGAGUUCAUUAGGAAUGAAGAUUGGUCGAGAAUAUUGAAUUGAUAUUGAGUUUGUGGGGGUUGAUAGUUUUCCUUUUAACUUCAAGUCAAAAUAUAACAAGUUUUAGCUACGUG